GCAGACGGUGAACAGCCACAGGCGCCAGGCCAGGCGAAGCAGCUGAGCAACUGGAGCUGGGAACAGGGGAGGGACCAGCGGGUGAAGGGGAGGCCCCUGACUCAGGCCCUGGCGCCUCGCGGAAGAGGGACGCACAGUGGCGGACAAACUUCGCAUCUCUCUCUCGGACCUCAACGAGUUGGUGAGCAAGAAAAGUGGGUGCCAAGGGGCUUGAAGGCGCGAAUGCAGGCAGAGGUGAACGAGGGAGUGCUUCUCAGAGUCCAAAAUGCGGGAGCCACCGCGUCCUCCGGUGAGGGGAGGACUUUGGUGCUGUCUGGAAGAGGGAAAAGUGGUCAAUGAUCACUGGUGAUGGCUCAGGCGCCAUCACCAGGUGGCAGGAGGCCGGGUGGCAGGACACCGUUUCUGAGGCACAUUUGUGUAAUGCCAGGGCUGGAGCAGAGACCCAUGAGGCUCUUCCCUGCCUGCAGAGUCCCCCAGGUUGCCGGGAGUGACCCCCAAAUCACCCAGGGUUAGCGUAUCCCCGCUGAACACAGUGCCUGGCUGUGGCACACCCACCAGCAGUGCUGGAUGGCUGAAGGGACAGCAAGCUGAACCUGGAGGAGGUGCCACUGAGAGACGGGGAGGCCAGUCCAGGCAGGAGGGAUGGCAUGAUCACAGGUCCGGAGAAGGGAGACUCAGAAAUGGACGCAUCUUGGGGAGCAGGGGAAAGGUGGCUGCACUGAGGAGCAGUGGACAGAUCAGGAGUCUCUCUGGGACCCCCUCCAAUUCCCCAGGUGAAUCAAGGAGCCCUUGGGCCCCAGGUUGCCCCCGUGGCCCCCGGCGAGGUGGUGGAGACUGCAGGUGGGGUGUGCAAGUUCUCUGCACAGCGGCUCAGCUGGUGGCAGGCCCAAGAGUCCUGCGAGCAGCAGUUUGGCCACCUGGCACUGCAGCCCCCUGACGGGGCUCUUGUUUCACGGCUACGCGACCCGGUCUGGAUGGGCCAAAGAGAGGCCCCUCUGCGGAGACCCCCGCAGAGGCGUAUGCACACCACCGCCGCGCUGGUGUUUGGCCAGAGGACGGCUGACCGGGCGGCGCGGCUGCGGAGCCCCCUGCCCGAGUUGGCGGCGCUGACCGCGUGUGCUCACCUGCAGUGGGACUGUGACUCGCCUGACGCCGCAGCUCUCUUCUCCGUCGCCGCACCAGCGCUGCCCAACGCGCUGCAGCUGCGCGCCUUCGCCGAGCCGGGGGGCGUGGUGCGCGCUGCGCUGGUGGUGCGUGGGCACCACGGGCCCUUCCUCGCCGCCUUCCGCGCCGACCGCCGCUGGCACCAUGUGUGCGCCACGUGGGAGCAGCAGGGCGGGCGCUGGGCGCUGUUCUCCGACGGGAGGCGGCGCGCUGGGGCGCGGGGGCUGGGCGCGGACCACCCGGUGCCGUCUGGCGGCAUCCUGGUGCUGGGCCAGGAUCAGGACUCUCUGGGCGGCGGCUUCUCGGCGCGUGACGCCUUCAGCGGCAACCUCACUGACUUCCAUCUGUGGGCUCGGGUGCUGAGCCCCGCGCAACUGCAGCGGGCACGGGCCUGCGCGCCGCCCCACGAGGACCUGCUCUUCCGCUGGGACCCGGGCGCUCUGGACGUCGCGCCCUCGCUGCUGCCCACGGUGUGGGUACGCCUUCUCUGUCCCGUGCCCUCCGAGGAGUGCCCCACAUGGAACCCAGGACCUCGCACCGAGGGCUCGGAGCUCUGCCUGGAGCCGCAGCCCUUCCUCUGCUGCUACCGGACAGAGACCUAUCGGCGGCUGCAGGAUGCCCAGUCGUGGCCUGGCCAGGAUGUUAUCAGCCGAGUCAAUGCCUUGGCCAAUGACAUUGUGCUCUUUCCAGAUCCCCUCUCUGAAGCCCGUGGGGCCCUGUCCCCGGCAGAGGCCUCCAGCUUCCUGGGCCUUCUGGAGCAUGUCCUGGCGAUGGAGGUGUCUUCUCUGGGGCCAGCCGCACUGCUGGCUGUUGUGUGCUUCCUGAAGAGGGUGGCGGCCAUCGGGGCUGGGGAGCCAGAGCUGUUGCUGACAGGGCCGUGGGAGCAGCUGGGCCAGGGCGUUGUAUCCGUGGCCAGCCUGGUCCUGGAGGAGCAGGUGGCUGACGCAUGGCUGUCCAUCCGUGAGGUGGUUGGCGGGCCUAUGGCCCUGGUGGCGAGUGUGCAGCAGCUGGCACCGCUGCUGAGCACCACGAUGACCUCAGAGCGGCCCCGAGUGCGCAUCCAGCACCGCCAUGCUGGCCUCUCUGGAGUCACCGUGAUUCACAGCUGGUUCACCUCCAGAGUCUUCCAGCAGACCCUGUGGGGGCUGGGUCUAGAGCCCCAGGCCCCCGCCAGCUCAGAGAAGGCAAACAGGGUGCAGAGGUUCCUAAGCACCCAAGUGGGGUCAGCCAUCAUCUCCUCUGAAGUGUGGGACGAAACUGGAGAGGUCAGCAUGGCCGUGAACUUUCAUCUGCAACACCAGGCCCAGAGCCCUUUGUUCCCUCCCCAUCCCCCAAGCCCAUAUACAGAGGGUGCCUGGGCCACCACAGGCUGCUCCGUGGCUGCUCUGUACCGGGACUCCACCGCCUGCUUCUGCAACCAUAGCACCAGCUUUGCCAUCCUGCUGCAGGUCUAUGACGUACAGAGAGGCCCUGAGGAGGAGUCGCUGCUGAGGACCCUCUCGUUUGUGGGCUGUGGCGUGUCCUUCUGUGCUCUCACCACCACCUUCUUGCUCUUCCUGGUGGCCGGGGUCCCCAAGUCGGAGCGAACCACAGUGCACAAGAACCUCACCUUCUCCCUGGCCUCUGCAGAGGGCUUCCUCAUGGCCAGCGAGUGGGCCAGGGGUAAUGAGGUGGCGUGUGUGGCUGUCACCAUUGCGAUGCACUUCCUCUUCCUGGUGGCGUUCUCCUGGAUGCUGGUGGAGGGGCUGCUGCUGUGGAGCAAGGUGGUGGCCGUGAGCAUGCGCCCUGGCCCACGCAUGUGGCUCUACCACGCUACCGGCUGGGGCAUGCCAGUGGGCAUCGUGGCGGCCACUCUGGCCACACGGCCCCAUGACUAUGUGGCCCCCGGACACUGCUGGCUCAGUGUGCACACAGACGCCAUCUGGGCCUUCGUGGGGCCUGUGCUCUUCGUGCUGACUGCUAACACCUGCAUCCUGGUCCGUGUGGUGAUGGUCACCGUGUCCAGCGCCCGCCGCCGUGCCCGCAUGUUGAGCCCACAGCCCUGCCUGCAGCGGCAGAUCCGGACCCAGAUAUGGGCCACAAUGAAGCCUGUGCUGGUCCUGCUGCCCAUCCUGGGCCUGACCUGGCUGGUGGGCAUCCUGGUGCACCUGAGCCCUGCCUGGGCCUAUGCUGCCGUGGGCCUCAACUCCGUCCAGGGGCCGUACAUCUUCCUGGUCUAUGGUGCCUGCAAUGAGGAGGUGCAGAGCGCCCUGCAGAGGAUGGCUGAGAAGGAGGUGGCUGCGCUGCUCAGGGCAAUGGGGGUGUGGGUGAGGGUGGGGGCGGGUGCUGCCAAGGUACACAGCCUGCCUUCCUCUGUCCUCCCCCCAUCUCUGCCCCACAAACCCAGUACACCCCCUCGCCCUCUGAGGGCCUCGUCCUGAUGCUGUGGGAUUCAGAGCCUUCCAAACUCACUGAGGGACAGCGCUUUCCUCCAAAGCUGUGGGUCCCCACCUAGACAGCUGAUAGGGGAAUGGCAGGUGCUGGGGGACUGUGGGAGGCUGAGGACACCCCAGGUGC